GCUCAAACUAUACAAAUACAAUUCCUUCUCGUGUUUUCACAGUCACCGGAACUCCUCGCUGUUCAUUUUCCUCUUCUCUAUUUUUCUCGUGUUUAGGUCACAGUUCAUCAAUGGCAGGGCGAGGUAAAACCCUAGGAUCCAGCGCCGCCAAGAAGGCUACCUCUCGGAGCAGCAAGGCUGGGCUCCAAUUUCCUGUUGGUCGUAUCGCUCGUUUCCUCAAGGCUGGAAAGUACGCAGAGCGUGUCGGUGCCGGUGCCCCUGUCUAUCUGGCUGCCGUUCUUGAGUAUCUCGCUGCUGAGGUUCUUGAGUUGGCUGGGAACGCUGCUAGAGAUAACAAGAAGACUCGAAUUGUGCCUCGUCACAUUCAAUUGGCCGUGAGAAACGAUGAAGAGUUGAGCAAGCUUCUCGGGGAUGUUACCAUUGCUAACGGAGGUGUUAUGCCCAACAUUCACAAUCUUUUGCUUCCAAAGAAGGCUGGUGGCUCAUCCAAGGGUGCUGGUGCUGAUGAUGACUCUUAAAUAUUGGGAUCUAAUUUUUGUGAACGGAGACUGGAUUUAGAUUUUCUAUCGUUUUACUGUUUUUGUAGUUCUUUGAUCUUUGUGCUCUGUAGCUGUAGUUAGUUUCUCAGUUAGUGAUGAUUAUGUGAAUAGGGGAGACUCUUACUCUUCAAGAAAGAUUGUUGAAAAUUUAAAUCAAUUUACCUUCAUCUUUUAAUCUCUUUAA